AUGUCUCUCGAUGACAUACGGCCAUUCGAACUGCUCCUCUCACACCAGCAUUUGACUUCUGCUUCAGGCUUGAAAUUCAUUCUCUCUGCUAUUCACACAAUGUUACGGUACGCAUCACAACCGUCAAGUGUAUCCAUUGCAUUACGAAGGUUGUAUUCCAAUGCAUCUCACAGUUACCAGAAGACACUGCUUUUGCCAAAGACAAAAUUGGCUAGCAGAUCGAAUUUGAAUCACAUUAAACAAGAGAUCUUGCCUCGAUGCUCCGAAGAUAUCUACAAUGCCCAAUAUGCACAAUUCAUUCAAAAGUAUGAUAGCAUCGACAAUUAUGGUGACAGGUUGAAAUUUGUUAAGGACAACAUGUUCAUAUUACAAGAUGGACCACCUUAUGCCAAUGGAGACUUGCAUUUCGGUCAUGCUUUGAAUAAGAUCUUGAAGGAUAUCAUUCUAAGAUAUCAAUUGCUAUACAAUAACAAGUACGUUGUGUAUAGACCCGGUUGGGAUUGUCACGGUUUGCCUAUUGAAUUGAAAGCGUUAAAAAAUUUGAACACAGAUGACUAUGAAAACAUUUCCCCACUGAACAUAAGAUCAAAGGCAAGAAAACUGGCAUCUGUUACAGUUGAGAAACAAAUUAAGCAAUUCAAAAAUUUUGCAAUCUUAGCAAAUUGGAAUGAUAAGUAUGUGACAAUGGAUAAAAAAUACGAACUAAAUCAGCUGAAUAUAUUUAAAGAAUUUUUUAACAGAGGCUAUAUCAAGAGACAAAAUAAACCUGUCUAUUGGGGCACGGAAACAAGAACAGCUUUGGCUGAGGGUGAGUUGGAAUAUAUUGAGAAUCAUAAAUCGGUAGCGGCAUAUGUAAAGUUUGAUUUAAUACCAGAAUCGGUAAGCAAUUUAAGCAAACAAUUAGAUGUGGAGUUAUCAUCAGUAAAAUGCUUGAUUUGGACAACUACUCCAUGGACAUUAUUCUCAAAUAGAGCGAUUUGCUAUAACGAUAAAUUCAAUUAUUCCAUUAUUAAAUUGAAUAAAGCGCCUAAUGAGAAUUUAUUAAUUUGUUCCACACUACUGGAUAAAGUAGCCACAGAUUAUACUGUCAUUAAAGAAUUUCCAGGCUCGUUCUUGGCUACUUUAUCAUACUAUAAUACUAUGUUAAAGGACAACGUACCAAGACCGUUCAUACAUGGCGAUCAUGUCUCCAAUUUAUCCGGUACAGGUUUAGUGCACACCGCACCUGGUCAUGGUCAUGACGAUUAUUUGAUUGGUAAGAAAAAUUCUUUGGAAAUUUAUUCACCAGUGGAUCAUAAAGGUCGUUAUAUCCUAGAUAAACUACCAACCCAUUUAUCUGAUUUACUGUCUGUGAUAGAACCUGCUUCAGGAUCUCAAGGUAAACAAAGAGUGGGUAGAAGUGUAUUAGAUCAUGACACCACCUCGACUAUCAUAUCUUAUCUUGAUAAAUUAGGCAUGCUUUAUAGUCAUCAUGAUUAUAUACAUUCUUACCCUUAUGAUUGGCGAUCAAAGAAACCUGUUAUAAUAAGGUCAACAGAGCAGUGGUUUGCUGAUUUGACUGAUGUUAAACAAAAUGCAUUGAAAACAUUGGAGAGUGUUAAUUUUUUCCCAACUCGUGGUAAAAUUAGAUUAGAAUCAUUUAUCAAAAGUAGAAAUGAAUGGUGCAUUUCUAGGCAAAGAUAUUGGGGUGUUCCAAUUCCUGCAUUUUACAAAAAAUCAGAUCCUUCGCAAACAUUAAUGACAAGUGAAAUUAUUGAUCAUGUUAUUGAUGUAAUCAAUAAGGAAGGAACUGAUUCUUGGUUUGCUAAAUCACCAGAGGAUGGUUCUGAUAUGUCUAAAUGGCUACCAACUGAGUAUAGUAACGUUGCCCAUGAAUAUGAAAGAGGAAAAGAUACAAUGGAUGUAUGGUUUGACAGUGGCUCUGCUUGGGCCGACACAGUUCAAUUUUAUAAUGAAACUUUGAAGAUUAAAACCCAAGAUCAUCCAGAACCAUUGACAGAUGUUUAUUUAGAAGGUUCUGACCAACAUAGAGGGUGGUUUCAAAGUUCGUUAUUAACUAAGAUUGGAUACUCCAAUAAACCUCUUGCACCAUUCAAAAAUUUAGUAACACACGGUUUUACUUUAGAUGAAAAUGGAAUAAAAAUGUCAAAAUCAAUAGGUAAUAUUAUUUCACCUCUUGCCAUUAUUGAAGGUGAUACAAAAACUGGAUUACCUCCAUUAGGUAUCGAUGGCUUAAGAUAUUUAGUUGCUCAGUCCAAUUUCACAAACGACAUAGUAGCUGGUCAAUUAGUUAUCAAGCAUGUGGUCGAAGCUAUGAAAAAAUUAAGGUUAACUUUCAGAUUUCUUUUAGGUAACUUAAAUAAUAGUACCUAUGAGAUUUUGCCAUAUGAUGAACUACGACGUGUGGAUAAAUACAUCAUCCAUUCUCUUAACAAACUUCUAACUACUACUAAUGAACUGUAUAAAGAAUUAAAUUUUUCAAAAGUUUUAACUUCCUUACAAUAUCAUCUGAAUAACUAUUUAUCUGCAUUUUAUUUUGAUAUAAGUAAGGAUUCUUUAUAUUUAGACAAAAUCGAUUCGAUAAAGAGGAAACAAAUUCAAACAACUUUGUUCCAUAUAUUGGAUACAUAUAGAUUUAUCUUAUUCCCAAUAAUACCUAUUUUGAUUCAAGAAACAUGUUCUGCUUUACCAGUAGGAUGGAAGAAAGGCACUAAGAAUGGGUUUAUUACAAAAGAAUCACCAAUUUUAAUGGAAAAUGAAGAAUUGUUCGAAUCUUUUAAAUUAAACGAGUUAGCGUUACAAGAAGCCUUCCAAAAACAAUUCAGGGAUUUAUCCAGUGAGGAUAUAACAAAAACAAGUCAGACAAUCGUAAAUAUAACUGUAAAUGGCGAUUUAAAUGAAAUACCUUUUACUUCAGAUCAAUUAUCCGAUAUCCUACAAACAGCUAAUGUUAAUAUAACUACCACUAAACAAUUGGAUAUAGGAAUAUCUUCCUUGAAGUUAGGCAACUUUGGUCCAGUGAAAAUGGAAACAGUAAAGAGCACUUUGCACAGCUGUCCAAGAUGUUGGAAAUUUAGCUCUACUAUUGAAGAUUCAUUAUGUAACAGAUGUGAAGAAUCUGUCAAGAAAUUAAAACAUGAAUGA